UCAGUUCCUCACGUAUUCCCGGCAAGAGUUAAGGUGUUUUAUCUUCUUCCACCACUCGCUGAAAAGCUGACGGCCGCCAGAGAUUCUAUCCUGUUGCAGGACCAUCGCACCAAACCCUCUCAUACCGUUCGCUCUUCGUUCGAUUGCAUCACGGUAUAGUAGUCCACCGGAGAGAAGAGUUUAGUAUCCCGGAAACGUUUUUUUUGCUGUUCCGAAAAGUACACCGCGGGUUGCUAAGCGUACGCCGUAGUUACAACCAACGCCACAGCGCGAACGUCGAAAGAGUUUUAAUUCGUUUAAAGAAAUAUUGUGUUUAGGCGCCUGCUGACGCGUUAAUUUAAUCAUUUACGUGUAAUACUUCAUGAGCCUUGUAACCGUGUCUCUCUAGUACGGGAGUGUGUUUUGCCGGUGUGGAAAAAAACGAAUCAGCCUUUAGCGAACGAACGAAUCGGUUGCACGCUGGUGAUGAGCGCCAUUUCCCUACGAGCUACGGAAUUAUAAUUUGCCACAAUCGCAUCCGAAACGAAAGGUGUCGUACGUGCAUCAGCAUCGGCACAUCUCGAAGCCUUGAAGCACUCGAAGUACAUUGACCCACCGCGAGCCCUCACCGAGAGAUAAAAGACUCAUCAGCAGCUGUAGCAGCAGUAACGCCUACCCCUUUUCUACUGUCUCUGUGUGUGCAUUGUGUAGUGUGCAGUAGAAGUGUGGAGAUCGAAUUUGUCCUGUACCAUCCGAAAGAGAAGUGGAGGUAGAGAGCUAAGAAACAGGUGAGCAGAGAGGAUAGAACAAGGACAUUGCCCUCACGCGUCCAGCAGCAGCAGCAGCGACAGCAGUAGUAUUAGUAGUACUAGCAGAAGAGAUACUUGGUAGAAGGGUAACCAGCAUCAUCCAGUCGAGGACAAAGGUAUGGUGAAAUUCGUUACCCCGGACAACAGUACGAUGACAUCUUCGCUGCGGCACACUGAACAAUACGAUAAUUGUUCGGGGCUGCUCAUCGAGUCAGAUGCUACUCCGUUGGAAGAGCUAGAUCCGGCCAUUCUAAGUUGCGGUCUGCCGGCCAUCGUACUCGAUGUUGGCGAAACGUUGAACCUUUCGUCACCGGACGUACCGACGAUCAUACGCUACACGGUUGCCCAGUUGCUGGCACUUAGGAAGGCACCGUUCUCGCAUCGCCGGCCGGCCGCCAUCGAUGAUCCGUGCAUCGGCGGGUAUCCGAUCUGGCAGCGCAACGGAUUCCGACGUGCGGGCGGAAGUGACGAGGAACUGUACGGUGGUUCCGCUGCCGGACGUAAACCGAACGACCGUCAUCGGGACAAUGGCUUUGUGCCAAGAUUUCGACGGAAUCAUGAGUUUAGCAAUCGGAACCAUCACGUUAUCGUGAAGAGCUACAAUGGAGGCGAUGGUGGUAUCAGUGGGCACCAGAUGCGCCUACAGGAUACGAUCAUCGAGGAGGAACCGGAAUGGGUUAUGGGGGGCCCCACCUCCCGCCUGGAUACGAUCGAGCUGCGUGGCUUUGAUGACGACAUAGUGCACAACGUGACGGACUCGCUGAAAUCCACCUCCUAUCCCGUCGUGGCUGGUGGUAGCGGUGGGACACAGGGUACAGCCCAUGCCAAGCGAAGUGACUUCUAUGACGAACUGUUGCACUAUGAGCACGUGCAUCAGAAGCAGCAGCAGCAGCAGUCCGGUGGAAAGCAUGACACUUCCGGUAGUGGUGGCGACGGUGAGAGUGUGUCCACCUCGAACAACGGCAAUAGUCCACCGCCGGCCCGUAGCACCCCAACGAAGCAUGUGACCGAUCAGAAUAACAACAGCCAUGGCCAGGGCAAAUCGGGAACGGUAGGUGGUAGAGGUGGUUCCGGCUCCGGAUCCGGCUACUCGACCGGUGUGAAUGUAUCCAAUUUCGAGGAAUUCAUGAAGUUCGAUUCCAUCCUCGGUGACUCGAACGAUGCAGAAUGUUCCAGCUUCAGCAAAUUCCUUCGCCGCGGUUCAUCCACUGGUAGUGGAUCCGGUGGUCAACAACAGCAUCAGCAUCAUCUUAAUCAUCAGCAGCAGCAUCAUCAGCAUAAUCAUCAUCAUGGUUCGCACCAUGGUCAUCAGCAGCAUCAUGUGCGCUUUGCGCUCGAUCGUAACACGAAUCACUAUCAGCGUCCGGCAGGUUCCGGACGCUUGUCGAUGGCAUCGUUGCAGCAUCCUCCUCUGGGGCUGGAAGUAGGAUCCGAUUCGUAUGAUAAUCAGGCGCCACCUCCGGUAGGGGGUCAUUGUAGCGCUGGCAAUGAACCGACUGGAACGAAACCUUUCCAGCGUUUGGUCGAGAUGAUGGCCGUUCAAAAUCAGCGUGUGCAGCACCAGCAGCAACAGCAGUACUUGAUGCAGUUGCUGCAAAACAAUCAGCAAACCGAAUCACUGCGUCAGAUGCUGAUGAAGAACGCUUCGCUUGACGGUCGUCAGCAGGGACGACAACAGCCACAGCAACAGCAGCAGCAUCCGGGGCAACGGGUGCCUACACAACGUGAGCUUCAGCUACACACGCAAUCGAUCAUGAAGAAUGCUUUGCUGCGCAAGAAGAUCGUCGAGCAGGGACGGAUUAUUCUGGAGCAGCAAGGACCCCAGGAACCAAUUCCAGCUGUCCAGCAGCUGAUCCAGUCGAUCUAUCCUAACGUGCAGCGUAGCUUAGCCGUUCUGGCCUCCAGUAAUAGUGCCAAUCAGCAGCCGCAGCAGCAGCAACAUUCUGGAAGUUUUUCCGGAGAAAUGAGAAAUGAAGCAGCCGCAUUCAGUGGGGGUAGCCGACGCGGUCUAGUGCGAUCGUCAUCCACUCCCUCAAAUCGACGUUUCUCAUGAUGUGCAUUUGAAGCCUUCCUGCAGAAUAUGCUGGAUGAUAAUGAUUAUGAUGAUGGACUUUUGCUUUCCGAUAAGGUAUUCCCACUUGAGUUAAACAACCGAUAUCGCACGAUUAUAGCUUCUCAACUUAUCAUUUGUCUUUAAAUCUUCAUGAAUUUCUUUAUACACACCCCUGCCAGUGGCACAGAACCCAGUCCACCGAACCGCCUGUCUUUGUGAUGUUCUAUUCAAUUUUUUUUUAUUAAAUAAUUUUUGAUAUUUUACAUUAAAACAAACACGCGUGCUCUACCGUGCUUGCCAUGUGUGUUAAGGUUAGUUUUUUUUUCUUAGUUCGUUUGUACACGAUUCGAUCAGCUCCUCUGCAAGCAAGAGCGAGCGAGCAGGUAGCAGGAGUAACAGCAGCUCCCUUCUUGCGUUGGAGCUCGCAAGUUUAUGUUACAAUUCCAUAUCAAUCCACAAUUCCCCUAGUAACGGUGACACGAAACGUGUUGAAAUUUUUCAGAACGGUGUUAGCCUUUUUGAUCAUUCAUACAAGAAAUAAGAACCCCUCCAACUCAGAUAGUGCGCCGUCAAGUUCUUGAAUACCGGCCAAAGGUUUGUGUUCUAAUGCAUUUAGACAGAUUCCUGGAUUCCUCGUGAACUGAACUCGUUAACACCGCGGGACCACGUGUUAAUCGGGUACUUUAUCUCGCUGCCCAGGGAACGAACUAGUGUCUGUUAGUAGUUUUAAUCUGUUUUCCUUUUACGAUCCUUUUUUGUUCAACAAUAGGCUCCUAAGAAAGCUAGCUUCUGAUUGAGAGAAGGAAAACGGAGAAAAGCUAGAUAGUUAGUCCGAUAAGGCCAUAUUCAUAGUAGGAUGAUUUCGGCGUUCGUGCACCAAGAAACACGUGUAACAUAACCGCGGCACACUAAUAGUAGUAGUAGUAGUAGCAGCAGCAACGUCAUCGCGCAUUGUUUUAUAGUAUGAUCGUAUGUCAAUUGAUUUCCAUGUUGGAGGCCAGUGGCCUAACAGAGUUUAUCGCUUGCACAUUUACAGAGUUAAUAUUCUCAGCGGUUUUUGUGAAACCAACGUCUUAUCGCCCGCAGCUAGACCUGGAUCCAUCGAUACGUUGUGGACUCGUUAGAAUGUGACAUGAUGAUGAUAAUGAUUAAGAAGCAGAAGAAGAAUCAUUUGGCGAAUUUAUGAAAUAAUGUUUGUUUAGUUAAUGUUCAAA